ACAAAAAAAUAACGAGAAAAAUAAUAAAAUAGAAACAGAAACAGCAACAGAAAUCCAUUUACCAAAGUUGCAAUAACAUUCCGCAAAUGUCGACCGCUCCAGUGGAAGAACCCUUUCCCUGAUAGAAGGGGCAUUUGUUAAUAUUGUUUCUCUAAAGCAAAGUGUACAAGGUUCCUAACGUUAGUUAAAAAUAUACAAAUAUUGCGCCUAUACACACAUACUUGCAUAUGUACAAGUGUAUAUUGCAGUCAAAAAAUCAAAAUAUUAACGGUAUUCCUGUGUUAAGCUCAGAAAAUACUAAGGCAUAUAAAAAAAAAUAAUAAUAUUUUAAGAGAAAAGUGUCCACACCAAAAUCAGCAUGUGCAGAGCGCGGAGUAAAGACAAAAAGUGUGAAAUCAUCUUGAUAUAUGAGAACGUUAGCAGUUGAAGAAAUAUUAAAUUAUUAAAAUAAGAAAAUUACGUACAUAAAUAAAUAUAAAUAAAUGAAUUUAGACUGAUUCCUUGUAAGCAAAUUUACAUAUCACUUUGUGCGAAUGUGGGCUGGUUGAAAACACAAAGUACCGACGCAACUCAACUGAACUUAUUGGAGCCGUGGUCGGAGUGUGUCUUAAUGUGGAUAAACACCGCGACAGGCUUCAACGAAUCCUAUUAAUAGCCAACUCAGGAAAGAUGAGAAUUAAAAUGCCCGCCGUCAGAAUUGCCCAAGACUCAGAUGCCAUGGAAACAGACCCUUCGGUGCAGGAUAUGCUUACUUGUGGAUCCUGCCAGAAAACGUUUGCUCUUUCUGAUAUAGUUAAAUUUAUCCAACACAAAGUGCUACAAUGUAAUAAAGAGAACUACGGCCAGUGUUCAACUCAAGCUCCGUCAACCGAUCGUGAUGCGGACGAUGGCCGACCUUUAAGUUUAGUUAACAGAAGACCCUCAAUAUCGGCGCCAAUUAUCAAUCGAAAAACGUCUGGCUCUGGUUCACGCAUACACACGCCGCCACCAAGUCCUGCGGAUCUCUUAGCUGAUGGCGCCUCAAGCACACCCAAACGCUUGGUCGAUGAAAACGAUAACACCACACCCAGAAGUGAAGCACAAGCGGAGAAAAAUGCAUCUUCCGACUGCUCCAACAACAACUCAACCGAACCAUAUGCAGUGAGUGAUGCGGAUAAAAUAAAUACUGUGAGGAUAAAGCAGGAACCGGAGCCAAUCAAUGAUGACGAAAGCAUAACUAGUGCACUGCAGCAUGCAAACGAAUCCAGCCAGGACAAUAACGAUGGUCAGCCGAUGACAAAACGUCCUAAAAUUGAAGUAGCUGACGCGGAAUCCAACACAUUACACACAGGUAUGUUUAAAAUUUGCCGAAUGCAAUAAACGCUGCAUUCAUUU